GGGGGCCCUGUGGGGGGGGGGUCUCGGGUCCCGGCGCGCCCCCCCCAGCUCGGCACCGCCAUGGACUCACCCCCCGCCGGCUCCGCUCUGGUCCCGCUCCUGCUCCUUCUGGCCGUGCCCCCCCCCGGCAGCUGCUGCUCCUUCAGCUUUAACCCCGUCAGCAGCACCUUCGGCACCCACCUGAACAAGCUGACCCCCUGGCUGCUCCUCGACUACCCCGUGGCAAUGCCCAGCAACCUGGAGCCGGACAGCGGCUGCUCCCCGCUGUGGGGGCUGCACUUCGGGGCGGCGGCGCUGCGGCGCAUGCGGGGGGUGGCGGGGCAGGACUUGGCCCCCCUGCUCAGCACCCUCCUCGCCCACCUCAGCUUCGUGGCCGAGUGCCACAUCCAGGACCCCCAGGGCUGCGUCCGCCUGGAGACGGUGAACGUGUCGCGGCUGCUCGAGACCCUCGGGCGGGACCUGGGGCAGCUCCGGGGGAGACCCCCCCACUUCCCCGGCUGCUCCCGCCUGCGCUGCCGCCCCGGGACCGCCCCGGGACCCCCGAGGGACCCCCGAGGGACCCCCCCGCUGACCACCCCCGCCGUGCAGCUCGAGGGGGCCCUGGGGGCCAGGCAGGGCCCUCCCCCCCCCCGCGGCCACGGGCUGGUGCUGCUGGGGGGGCUCGGGGGGACCCUGGGCCUGGCGGCGGCAGCCUGGGUGCUGUGGAGGAGGCCCUGCGGCCAGCCCUCCCAGGGGCCCCCGAUGUCGGAGCAGGACGGGACCUGAGCGGCUGAGCAGGAGCUGGGGACAGACACAGGCUGGCCUGAGCCACUGGCGACCCAGGAGAGGGGGACCCCCCCAGUGCCCCCCAGGAAGCCCCGGGGGGGCUGCAACAGGACCUCGUGGAGCCACGGGGAGCAGGGCCCCACCCCGGCCCCCCGCGAGGCCCAUAAAGCUGCUGUUGAGCCCCUGA